CUGUCGCAACUGUUUGUCGUUUGGGAAAGGCGUGCUGAGACGAAGUCUCUGUUGCAGCCAGAGUACGCCGGGUCGCGCACGCACCACUCACGCAAAGCGCGCUCCCUGUUGCUAAACAACCUCAACAUGGAUAACAAAAUAGCUAUAUGUUUACUUUUCUGUGUCUUCUACACGGUCUGUGGGGAGGUAGAUAUUAUUACUGAACCACGUCCUGGAGAAGAGUAUGUCUUGGUGAGUUCAGGCCAUCAGACUCCUUUGAGAAACUUCGAAACUUCUCACAAAAUACCCGAAAAACACCCAAAUCAUAGGUUCUCGAAGCCAGAAGAUGGAGAAAUAAAAAUAUUUAAAAAGUUAAAUAGUAGCAAGUUAAAACAUCCAAUGGAAGGAAUAAUAUCCAUCGAAGAAGAUAAAAAGGCUUUAUUAAAAAAAGGACAAAAAAUUAAGGCUUCAGAGUCCAUAGAGGUCGAUAUUCCUACAUCAAAGUUGGAAGACUUUAAAAUAAAAGAAAAUUUAAAGAGUAAGGACAUUAAUCCUAAAAUGGCAGUUGCUUUAGAAGCUAUGUCAGAAUCGGGCAAGUUAAAGAAUAAGGAUGGAAUAACCACACAAAAACCCAUAUUAACAACAUCAUCUCCGGCUUUAACAAAAGCAUACGAUUAUAUUCCUGUAAAUUUUGAUAGUAUUGACGAUAUCAAUAGUGGUUUGUUAUCUUCAAAUGUUAAAUUGGAAACAGCUGGUUCCGAACAAAAACAGCACUCGAGAAUUCAAGUGAAAAAGGGACCAAAUGGACAAGAUUACGAAUAUGAAUAUAUAUAUUAUUAUUACGACGAAGAAGAAGAAGCUAAAAAAGAAAGCAAAGAAAAGGCUAUAAGUACUACCACAACGUCAACUACGACAACCACAACAACAUCAGCGCCAGUUUCUAAUUUGAACGACGCUUAUGAAAAACAAGAUCACGAAAAUAAAAUAUUUAGAGAGUCUAAGUCCAGAGCAAAAUAUACUACUCUAGACAGAUCUAGUGCCACCACGGCGGCUGCCCCAGAAGUGCAUAAUGAAAUACUACCAACUGUUGGAAGAACUCGUAGCCGAGGUCGUAAUAUUGCCCCAGCGCCAGUCGAAGAAGAAUCACAAGAAGAAAGGCUGCCGUCGAGUACACGUUUUCCUCCUCGUGGACGUAGUUUUACUACUGCAAGUUCUACUACUUAUGUCCCUGAAGUAACAUCCGAGUCACGGCGACAACGUGGUCGGUCUCAGGUUGAUACUGUGCCUAAUGAAUCGGUUAAUCCUAAUCGAAGCAGAAUGCGUGCUCAUAUCAGGCGUCCAAGCUCUGAUUUAGUUGAUCUUGACAGUUUUAAAGUUCAUUCUGGAGACAUUCCUUUGGCAUACAAAAGACCACCGUCAAGGUAUUCAUCAGAGAGCAAAACCACAACAGAAUUCGUUGAAGCUGUCCCAACUGUUAAAGAACCUUCGCAUGUUAAGGAAUUACAAUCAGAAAGUCAUAGUCCUUUAAACAAUGCAAAGUUCGAAGAAAUAGUUGAAGAUUCGAAGUUGCCAUCAGAUUACCAGCAAACCACUGUGUCUGAACAAGAUACUACUGAAUAUACAACAAUGACAGCUAUGGAAAAAGUAGCGUUAGACUUAUACGCCUACUUAGCUGGUGAGAACUUAAAUAACGAAAUUAGCCCAUCUAAUGACUUGAUAAGCCCAGAUGAAAGUACGACAGUGGAUGACGACGGCUGGACAACUGAACAAGUUACUACUACUGAAGAAGAGACAACCCCAACAACUACUACAACUACAACUACUACCACAACUACUACCACUACAACGACUCCCGAGCCUACCACGACUUCAACUGCUGUUCCUACUCGUGCAUCAAGAUUUAAGGGACGCGCUGGAUCCAGACCUCGCAUUUCUGCUUCAACCAGUGCCGCCACAGAAGCCCCACAAGAAACAUCUACUAGAGUGAGAGGUCGAUUCGGUAAGCCUAAUGGAACUCGAAAGACCACAGUUGCUGUCGUUGAAUCAUCGUCCCCAGUCUCCCCAGUUGAGAAACCAGCGCCGAAGCCGUUCGGUCGUCGUGGACUGUUUGGAGGUCGCACUCGUCCAAGUUCGACUACCGCCGCUCCGAGUGAGGAAGCCAGCAGUGUGGCUAGUGAGGCACCAGUCACAAGAAGCCGUCUGCGCCCUGGAUUGAGAAGGUUGCCAUCAAGCAGCGUAGCACCAUCAUCUACUGAGGCACCGGAUACCUCAGCUCCUAGCGGUAGUGUUAGUACUGCUGCUGUUGAUGCUGAAACAACACCAAGGCCCUCUAGAACCAUCGGCCGCAAACCUGGUUUGAAACCGGUUGCUCUACGUCCGGGCCCUAGACUAGGCAUUAAGCCCAUUUUAAGAGGGAGACCCGGUUCCUCUAGCGCGGCGCCUGUAGAGACAUCUGAGGCCCCAGCAGAACUACCCGCUUCCGAAGCACCAGUUACAGAAGCUGAACCAGAGUUGUCAUCACCUGCUCCGGUACAAGAACAACCACGCGGCCUGUUAAAGAAUCGCAACCGUGUUCAAGUGCAACCUUCUCCCAAACCACGAGCAGUCGUCUCACCACUACCACGACGACCUAACCCGCUACUUAAGAAGAGACUGCCUUCCACAGAGGCUACAACGGAAGCUCCUAAAAAAUCUACCGAAGCCAUCGAAGAAAGCACCAGCGUGGAAAACGGAGAAGCUGAGGAAGAGACUGAAGCACCCGUACCAGAGACGACGGCGGCUCCACCUCUGAGGGGACUUGACGCGCUGAUAGCAAGAAGACGUGCAGCCGGCGUUGGAGGCCGUCCUGUUCAUAAGACCAUGGGUCUCGAUAUCAAGUCUGUACUGAUUGUGGAUGGUGUAGGGGCGAACUGCGCGGAUAUUCUCAACUCACACAACAUUCGAGUGACCACAAAAGCAAAGAUAUCUAAAGAUGAACUGCUCAAAGAAAUACCUAACCAUGAUGCAUUGGUGGUGCGCUCUGCAAGUCAGGUUACUAAAGAAGUGCUAGAGGCGGGAACAAAACUUAAAGUAGUUGGAAGAGCUGGAGCUGGAGUCGAUAACAUUGACGUGGCCGCUGCUGGAAGCAGAGGAAUUGGUGUUAUUAACGCACCUGGAGCGAACGCAAUGAGUGCGUGUGAAUUGACUUGCGGCUUGAUACUGGCUCUGGCACGCCACGUAGUUCCAGCAGCUGCGGCACUCAGAGCCGGAAAGUGGGAACGGACUCAACACACCGGCACUGAACUCAACGGAAAAACAUUAGCUAUCCUGGGCUUAGGAAGAGUAGGGAGGGAAGUCGCUAUCCGCAUGAAUGCGUUUGGCAUGAAGGUAAUUGGUUUUGAUCCGUUCGUAACAUCGGAGCAAUGCGAACAGUUCCACACAUCAAAAAUGGAAUUAGAUGAGAUUUGGCCUCUUGCAGACUACAUAACUCUUCACACACCACUCAUUGAAUCUACUCGUAAUUUUAUUAACUCAAACAGUUUGAAGCGCUGUAAAAAAGGUGUGAAGAUCAUAAAUGUUGGCCGUGGAGGUCUAAUUAAUGAAAAGGAUUUCCUCGAAGCCCUUCAAUCUCAACAGGUUGGAGGAGCAGCUCUCGAUGUAUUUGAACAGGAACCUCCAACUGAUCCGCUUACAUUAGAGAUCAUUCAACAUCCAGCUGUGAUCGCUACACCUCAUUUAGGUGCUUCUACCAAGGAAGCUCAAGUACGUGUCGGACAAGAAAUUGCAGAGCAACUGGUCAACCUAGUCAAACCAGGAACAUAUUCCACUCCGCUCGCAGAAGUUACGCGUGUACUCUCUAAGUAA